AUGACAACACAUUUUGCUAUUGUCACUGUUGGUCCCGGGUUACCACUACAGGUCCUGCAAGUGCCCACUCCGGUACCAAUCAAGGACCAAGUACUGGUCAGAAGCGAAUGGACUGCGUCAACACCCCUUGAUCUGCAUCAGGCAGACGGCGGACUUCUUAUUAAACACCCCAACAUUCUAGGAGAUGGAGUGGCUGGGACUGUUGUCGAGGUUGGACCGGAGGUUUCAACUUUGGCGGUCGGGGAUAAAGUGUUCGGAUUCACAUGGCGCAGCCAAGCAGAAAAGGCUCACCAGGAGUUCGUCGUUGCACCCGAAUUUCUCUUCGGGAAACUCCCGUCCGGCGUUAGUAUGCAACAAGCAGUCACUCUGCCAAACAACUUUGUCACGGUCUGGCAUACCUUGACUAAGGACUUCGGAUUUGAGCUGCCAUGGCCAAAGCCAGACGAUUUUGUUCCAGAAGAGGCUGAUCAAGCGAUUCUUGUAUGGGGCGCGGCAUCUAGCGUGGGCCAGUACGCAUUGCAGAUCUUAAAUUGGUACGGCUACAAGAAUGUGCUUGCGACUGCAAGUGCAGGGCAUCACGAGAAACUGCAACGAUAUGGGGCUUUGAAAUGCUUCGAUUACAAAGAUGUUGGUGUUGUCCAGGACAUAAUGGAUUUUGUGAGAUCGCGGGGCGGCAACACCAGUUUGUCCUACAUCUAUGACUGCAUCGGGAGUCUCCAGGGGAGUGUCCGGCCUGUUGCUAAGCUCGCACGACCAGGCUGCAAGGUAGCAAUCCUACUACCAGUUAUUGUGAAAGACGCUGCUCCAGAGGUCAAGCCCGAGUACGAAAUGGAGGUUGAUAAGUGCGCAGACUGGCAGUCUGGGGUGCAGGUUACUGGUGUUCGAACUCAUUUCUAUCUUGAUAACAAAUUCCUGGCAGAAAAACUUCAGUCAGAGAUCAUGCCAACAUUGUUGGCUAAGGGUAUUGUUGAGCCCAACGAAUUCAUUACCGUCGAAGGCGAGACCACAUUGGAGAGGGCGACAAAGGCUUUGGAAAUGUUACGCAAUAAACAGGUCCACGGAGCGCGGCUGGUUUGGAGGGUUGCGGACAAUUGA